AUGAAUAGUUUUGUAUUCUUGUUCUUUUUUCUAUACCUUAUUGGCAUUGCAGCUCAAUCAAAUAAUCCCAAUGAAGAUGAUAUUUCUAUUGAUAAUAAUGUUUGUUCACCUAAUGUUACAUAUUCAACAGGAGAACUAACAACAACAUCAAGUGAACCCAUUACAUCAAUGACUUAUCCACCCACAAUAUAUGAUUGUGAUUUUGAAUGUAAUUGUACAUGUAAUUGGAAACAUGAUGAUACAACAAACUUUAAAUGGAUUGUUACAAAAGGUUCAACGUUGACUACCAGUACAGGACCUGAUGGUGAUCAUACAACAGGAUCAAGAUCUGGUUUUUUUAUACAUAUUGAAACAAGUUCACCAGCAAAAUUUAACGAUACAGCUCGUUUAAUUAGUCCUGAUUUGAUUGUUACAAAUGAUGAACAAUGUUUUCGAUUUUAUUAUCAUAUGUUUGGAUCCGAUGUCUAUCGAUUAAAUGUCUAUGCACGAAUUAAUGGAAAUCUUGGUAAAGCUCUAUGGCAAAAAGAAGGCAAUCAAGGUAAUCAAUGGUUAUUUGGUCGUAUAUCAUUACGUGGUAAUAUUCAACAACCAAUUGGUCAACCAUAUCAAUUAGUUGUAGAAAGUAUUGUUGGUAGAGGUUUUCAAGGUGAUAUUAGUGUUGAUGAUCUUGCUUUUAAUCAAGGACCUUGUCCAGUAUCAACUGUUUGUGAUUUCGAAACUAGUGAUCUAUGUAGUUAUGUUAAUGAUCCAACAAAUACAAUUGAUUGG